CAGGUGGCCUUAUGGCAUUGGCGCAGUAAACAGGCUUUCACGGAAUUUUCAGCGACGGUCGUGACCUUUCGGCGGUGAAAGGAACUUUCAUAUUUUAUAUAAUUGCCGUAAAAAUUAUUUUGCUUAGUAUGUGAAGAAGACUUUUGCUGCUAACAGCAGUCACAGUCUUUGCAGCUACUGCGCCAGUUCUUGCUCUGCCUUGGAGACUUCUUAUAGUAAUGAUUAUGAACAACACUAAUGCCUCCUUUUUGCCGCCCCCAACCUCCCUCUUCCCCAUCUACCGCGUGGACUUUGAGAUCUUUCUCAGUGUGACUCUGAUAAUCUGCGCCAUCGGCACGGGCACGUUCCUCCUCUUUCUGGCCGUCAUCCUGCAGCAGCCCAAGUUAUUCCGCGCCUCGCGUUGGCUCAUCAUCAACCAGACCAUCACCGAGUCCAUGCUGCUCGGCUUCCAUCUGCCGGCGGCCUGCCUCGGCGUCUACGUUGCCGAGACCAAUGGUCGUUCCUACUUCUUCAACGAAACGUUCUGUCUGCAUCACAAUUUCGUUUUUAUGUCCACGGUGACUGCCAGCACGUGGGGGCUGUGUAUGCUAGGGCUCAACCGCUUUCUGGCCAUCUUCGCCACCAGUCCGCAGCAGUAUCAGAAGUGGUCGUCCGGACGGGUGCAGCUGGUACAGAUCGCUCUCGUUUGGAUGAUCGGCUUCUCAUGCCACCUGUACUUUUACGCCGGCAAGAACACCACCGCGGCCAUGUACCCGCUGAAGCAGUGUCGCGCGCUGAAGAACACCGGCUUCCUGCUGGAGCAGAUCUUCGGCGUGUACGUCCCGCUGUCCAUCACGGCGCUGGCCUACAUGCUCAUGUUCCUCAAGAUGUGGCGCAAUAAGAUGCGCACCCGCGCCGUCCGCCUGCCCUUGGUUCCCAGCGAGAAGCCGGGAGCGCCGCUGACCGGACAGGAACGCGACACGCACCAGCGACGCAUCCGAUUGGCGCAGAUCCUCUUCAGCGUGGCAGUAGUGCACUGCAUCGCCUUCUUAACCUACCCAAUGGCGUUGUGGUUCUAUGGACAGGCCGCACACCAGAAUCCCACCGUGCCGCUAUAUUUCCGCACCCUCAUUCACACUGGCCAAUUAUCCACACCGAUUAUGUUCUUAGCAAUGAGCAAGGACUGUCGACAAGGAGUACGGGCGCUGCUGGGCAAAAUGGAGGUGGAUCUGGAUAGUCGAACCUUCAAUAAAACUGGUGAAACCUCGUGAAACGUACAUUGGCCGCACGAUCUAUCCCGGAAAAGGUCAUUAUCCUGCAUUGAGUUUCACGUGCUUGCACGUGCCUGUAUUUCUGCUGAUCCUGCUGUUAUGGAAAUUUUUUUAUUAACUUUAAAAGGUUGCCUCAGUUAGCUCAUUCCUGUCGCUAGAUAUCCGUAAAAUAAAAUAUAUUACUGGCAAGAAAUUCUGUCGUUUUUAAGAGUUGACGCAUAAUCUUCAUUGCGCCACGCUUUAGUUGCUGUGUGAGUGAUCGCCUGCUUCUGUUGACGCUUGCUGUCGAACUCAACUUAUAAUGACGUUGCGUUUCGCAUACAACCUGAUGUUGGAUCAUCAAACUAAUUCGGUUUAUU